AUGCCAGACCAAGCCCAACGGAACGAGGCCGGAACAUUGCUCAGUACGCUUAAAGAUGAUUUAGAAGCGCAGAAGCUUGAUCAAGCGCAGCUGGAGGCGUCCCUCACCAAGCUCAAGAUUUUGGGGCGAGAUGCGAGCAAUGUCUCUGACAUCUAUGAUGAGGAUGGCGUGAAAGUUUUGGGAAGCUAUGCCUUUGGAGACCAUCCUCCUAGUGUUCAUCAAGAGGCAAUGAGAUGCAUUGCGAAUGCUCUCCUCUUGCUCCCCCAGACACGCAGCUUUGCGCUCCAAGCCCACCUCGACCGGCAAGCAACUGAUGCUUUGCGAACAGCGGACGUGGAUGAAGAGUUUCUCCUAUCCCGCAUCCUGUUCCUGCUAACAUUGGAUCCCAAAAUUGACCUAAAGACGUUAAUCUCCGAGCAUGACCUGGCGAAGAGCAUCGUCAAGCACCUGACACGCCAUGCUGAAGAAGUCGAAAAGGCAAAAGGCCAGAUCAAUCAGCCAGCUGCAUUGGCACUCCAGGAAACCCUCAAGCUGCUGUUCAGCGCCACCAGUGCGCAAACGGAUCAGCUAUCGGAGUUUAAUCCAGCUGUUGUUGAAGUGUUGCGAUUACUCAACGAUAUGCCUAUCCCGUCACCACCUCUACAGCCGCCCAUCAAUCUUCUUGUGAACGCAUUGGCAAACAUGGAGUUUGAUGAGGAUGCAAUGGCACGCACACCGGGCAUUGAGUCGGGGGUAGAGAAACUGAUCACUAUACUUGAACAGGCCAUUGCGAAACACCCUACUGCUGAAUUGGAUAUAGUUGGUGUUCCGUUGCUGACAGUCUUGAGGAAGAUCAACGAGAAAGGCAGCCCCGAACUGCGAAAGACAUUGAAGGCACGCCUUCUUCCAGACGAUAAGGAGAGGGAUCAACCUCUGGGAAAGUCAGGCUCUUUGCCAUCAAAAUUACUUCAACUGACAACAUCUUCCGGUCUGCUCAAGCUGACCGAAGCAAUAUCUGGACUAAUGUUCGAAUUGUCCGACAAAGAUGCCAACGAAUAUGUCAAGAAUGUCGGUUACGGAUACGCUGCAGGGUAUCUUAUGACCCACGAUAUCCCAGUCCCAGAAAGUGCAAAGAAGACUCAGCAAUCAGGCGAAUCCUCAGGCAGCGUCCCCAUCAACCCUAUCACCGGCCAGCGGAUAGAUAUGGAGCCGGAGAUCGAAUUGCCGAAGAUGACACGAGAAGAAAAGGAGCGAGAGGCGGAACGCCUGUUUGUGCUCUUCGAACGGCUGAAGACGACAGGGGUUGUGGACGUCAAGAAUCCUGUGCAACAGGCGAUGGAGGCGGGUCGCAUUGAAGAGCUGAGUGACUCAGACACGGAUGCAAGUGAUUGA